AUGUCUUCAGCAGAGACAUCCUGUGCUCCCAGCCCAGAGGAGCCAGCCUGGUGGGUGGCUCCAGCUUCUCAUCCAGGAGAUGACACGGGACUGUCCUGGGAUGCUGCCCCCGGACCUCCCGCAGACAAAAACGCCCUUCAGGAUUGGCCCGAUGAACCCUGGGACCCCAAGGUGAAAUUCUGUUCCCUGAAGAUCUCUGUCAACACCAAAUCCUCGGAGGACUCCUUCCUGAGGGCGCUCUGGGAGAUCCUCAGCAGCCAGAGCUUCGAGUCCAUCUGGUGGGGCAACGACGGGAACUGCAUCGUGAUCGGAGAGAAGCUCUUCAGGAAGGAAGUGCUGGGGAGGAGGGGGCCCAAGAAGAUCUUCGAGACAGAGUCCAUGAGAGGCUUCCUUCUCCAGCUCAUGUUCCAUGGAUUCCGCAGGGUGGAAGGGGACUCUCCCCUGCUGACCUCCAUGGAGGAGCUGAGAGCAGUAGCAGCAGCCGGGGCUGAGCUGGGCAAGCUCCUGUUCUACUCCAACCCCCAUUUCACCAGGGAUGACCCCUCCUGCCACCGGAGGGGCGUGGGGAGCGCUGGGGAAAGCGCGGCCCCCCCAGCCGUGUCCCCCCUGGGCGCCGGGAAGGAGGCAGAGCUCCCAUGGAAAAGAUGGUGGGGCAUUCCACUGGCAGCAGGGGCAGAGGAGGAAGAGGAGGAUGAUGACACCCAGACAUCCACGAGCACCAGCCCCGAGCCAGGGGCAGACACCCCCCCAGGCAGCACCAGACCCUCCCCACCAAAGCGGCCCCGCAGGCGCAGCCCCGCCAGGUUUGGGGUGGACGCUGUGGGGUCACCCCCUGGCCACGCUGCAGCCCAAGGGCACUGCCCCACCUGCUCCUGUGGAGGGAACAGCGGGGCCAGACCUCACCAGGGGCAGGAUUGGCAAGAGCAGAGGCCGUAG